AUGAAGCCAGGGCUCACAGCCUUCUUUAUACUGCUUUUUGCCCUGCUCUGUGUCCUGGGAAUCCUGGCCAAUGGCUUCAUUGUGCUGGUGCUGAGCAGAGAAUGGAUGCGGAGUGGGAGGCUGCUUCCCUCUGACAUGAUCCUUAUUAGCUUGGGUGCCUCCCGCUUCUGCCUGCAGUGGGUUGGAAUGGUGAGAAACUUCUACUUCUUCCUCCAUCUGGUCGAGUACUGCAGGGGUACCGCAUGGCAGUUCUUUGGUCUACACUGGGACUUCCUGAACUCAGCCACCUUCUGGUUCGGCACCUGGCUCAGUGUCCUCUUCUGCGUGAAGAUUGCUACCUUCACCCACCCCACCUUCCUCUGGCUGAAGUGGAGGUUCCCAGGGUCAGUGCCCUGGCUCCUCCUGGGCUCUCUCCUGGUCGCUUUCAUUGUCACCCUGCUCUUCUUUUGGGGGAACUACAGUAUGUAUCAAGGAUUCUUCAUUAGAAAAUUUUCUGGAAACAUGACCUACGAGCAAUGGAGCAGGAGGCUGGAAAUUUACUAUUUCCUACCCUUGAAAUUUAUCACGUUGUCAAUUCCUUGCUCUAUUUUCCUGAUCUCAAUUGCACUGUUGAUUACUUUUCUGAGGAGACACACACGGAGAAUGUGGCAUAAUGCCCACAGCCUGCAGGACUCUAGCACCCAGGCUCUCACCAGCGCUCUGAGGUCAAUCAUCUCCUUCCUUGUUCUUUAUGUGAUGUCUUUUGUGUCACUGGUCGUCGAUGCUGCACUGUUUUUGUCCUCAGACAGUGACUGGUACUGGCCAUGGCAAAUUUUAACUUACCUGGGCACAUCUGUCCAUUCCUUUAUUCUCAUCCUCAGCAACCUCAGGCUUCGAAGGGUGUUCAGGCAGUUACUUCUGUUGGCCAGGGGCUUCUGGGUGGCCUAG